CUUCCGACGUCAAUUUUGACUGCGACGACGCUCUUGCGAUCAUUCCUCUGACUCGCCCCUGGAACUGCUCCUUUAGGUGAUAUUCACCGUCAGCCGUCAUGGAGGAUAGGGUGCAAUUUGAUUUGAAUGAGUCGCUCAAGUACUAUCUGAGCGACCCGACCUCUGUGCCUACACCUGAUGCCGACGCAGAACUGUUGGACUGCGAGGCGGAUCCUGAGCAAAUAUCUGCGUCUUUGAUCGAUAAUGUUUUGAAUCCAAUCGUGGAUGGGAUUGCAGAAAGCCCGGAAGCAAUCACACGGGCAUCGUCGUUCGACUCGUUACAACUUCUCUUAAAAUAUUCUACAUUCCUCCCUACGAAGUCUCUGAGUAAGCUCCUUGAUCUAAUUGUAUCGGGCUUGUCUGUCGAAGCGGAUAUCAUCCAUGGCGACCUCGAGUCCGACGAACAGGACGCAAUCCUGCACCAUAAACAGCUGCUAGAGAUGUACGGAUUUCUGCUCCAGUGGGCUCUUUCUGCUGUCGAAGUUAAGGCAGCGGAAAAGCCUGCAGAUGCGUUGCCCACUCGUCGAGGUCCUGGGAAAUCAUCAAAAUCAAAAUCGAGCGCAAAGGACGGUGCCUGGGACUCGGCAUCUCAGAUUCAGAUCUCAAUGGAGACUAUGUGCAAAGUGAUGAAGCUGAAACUUGGGAGAAUAUUCAUGACCACAUCGGACCGUGACACAUUCAUUAACCUGUUCACUCGUUCGAUAUACUUGAUCCUGGAGAGCGAGCAACGGGUCAAGAGCAUGACAAUCCGCAUGCACGCUUUCAAGGUCCUUUGCAUUGCUGUCAAGCAUCAUGGCCACGCAUUUGGAGCGCAAACAUCGAUCGUGCAAAGCUUGACAUAUUUCGAGCAUCUGUCUGAGCCCAUGGCAGAGUUUCUCCAUAUUCUCGCGGAGCAAUAUGAUUACCCGCAACUUUCAGAUGAAAUUCUCAAGGAGCUCGGUAAUAAGGAAUUCAACUCCAACGAUACAAGAGGGCCCAAAUCGGUGUCUGCUUUCAUUGUGAAACUUUCCGAACUUGCGCCGCGCCUUAUCAUCAAGCAGAUGACACUCUUGGCCAAGCAACUUGAUAGCGAGUCAUAUACACUUCGGUGUGCUGUGGUUGAAGUUUGCGGGAACCUCAUUGCCGAUCUCAGUCGGCAGGAGGAGCGCAGUGAGAACUACAAGACCCAAAUCAACGCAUUCUUCGAGGUUUUAGAAGAGCGCUUCCUUGACAUUAAUCCAUACUGCCGAUCUCGAGCUAUCCAGGUCUAUAUGAAGAUUUGUGACUUGGAGCAGAAGUUCCCUAAAAGACGCCAAGCAGCUGCAGAGUUGGCUACAAGGAGCCUCGAAGAUAAGAGCAGUAAUGUUCGUCGAAACGCAAUCAAGCUGCUAGCGAAACUAGUAGCGACUCAUCCUUUCAGUGUCAUGCAUGGCGGGCAGCUCGCACUCAAAGAGUGGAAUGCAAGGCUCGAAACUGUUGAUAAUGAGUUGAACGCCCUUCGACCUCCAGAAACACCCGGUCUAGAUGGCACGGAGCCUUCUCAUGUUGACAGUGAGCUGCUGGAUGAUGCGACGCAAUUGCCAGAAGACUCUCCAUCGAAGGCACCGCGCAUCUCAGAACAAGAGAGAGCUGCCGCAAUCCAGAAGGCUGCCGAAGAAGCCGCGACGUCCGAAUUGAUGACACGGCUCCAGUUGACCAGGAAAUAUUAUUCAGAGGCUAUUCGGUUUAUCGAAGUUCUUCACUCGGCUUCUGAAACCGUUUCUCAACUCUUAGGAUCUAGGAAUAAGAGUGAAGUCAUCGAGGCAAUGGAUUUCUUUGUCAUGAUGGAUGCCUACCGAGUUGAAACAGCUCGAACUGGAAUAAGACGAAUGCUUCGUCUUAUCUGGACCAAGGGGAACAGUGACGAAGGCAAAGGAGUCCAAACGCACUUGAUCGAUUGCUACAAGGGUCUCUUCUUCGAUGCCCCGGAUGCAUUCAGCCCUAACGAUGCUGCCAACUAUAUUGCACGAAAUAUGAUAUCGCUGACUUUCGGUUCUACGUCUGCUGAGUUGACUUGCCUCGAGCAACUUCUUAGCACCAUGAUGAAAGCGGGCAACAUUCCGGAGGCUGUAAUCGCAAAGCUCUGGCAGGUCUACGGUGUCCAGCGAAAAGAGAUAUCACGGACACAACGUCGAGGCGCCAUUAUUGUCCUCGGCAUGCUUGCUUUGGCGGACCCUGAUGUGGUCGUGAAAGAGAUUGAAGUUAUGCUGCGGAUUGGACUGGGAAAUCUUGGUCGUUCCGAUCUUAUUCUUGCGAAGUAUACAUGCAUCGCUUUAAAGAGAAUAAUGCCCACCCGUCAAGCCAAGUCAAAGGAGGCUGGAAUCCCUAAACUCGCCAAUGAUCACCCUAUCUUAAGCAAGCUUGCCAGUAUGGUAGAGAUUGCUUCUGACUCUAAGGAGUGGUACGGUGUGGCUGAGCAAUCGAUCAGUGCUAUCUAUACGCUGUCUAAGCACCCGGACGUUCUCUGCUCCGAUGUCUUGAGACGAAAGACAAGGUUCGUCUUCCAGCCUCAGAUGCACAGUGUCCCAUCAUCCAGCAUGUCCGUCGAUGGUGAACAGCAAAGACCUGGGACUGCUUCCAGCCAGGUCUCACGGAAAGGCACUUCCUCAUCCGCCCUCUCUCAAUUACUCUUUAUCGUGGGCCACAUUGCAAUCAAGCAAAUUGUUCAUCUCGAGUUGUGCGAACUUGAUUUCAAGCGACGUAAAGCUGAGCAGGAGAAGGAAAAGGCGUCUAGCGCUCCUUCUCAAAAGAGGAAUGAGCCCACUGAAGAUGAUGAACUUGAUCUUAUCGGCGGAACGACUGAGGACGACUUCACCGAAGCUAUGGCCCAUAUUCGCGAACGCGAGCUGCUUUACGGUGACAACUCGCUGCUUGCAAAGUUCGGGCCUUUGGUGACAGAGAUCUGUGCAAAUAACAACACCUACCCUGACCGUAACCUCCAGGGGGCCGCGACCCUUUGCAUGGCCAAGCUCAUGUGUGUGUCGGCAGAAUAUUGUGAGAAGAAUCUCCCUCUUCUCAUCACCAUCAUGGAACGAUCAGAAGACCCCACCGUCCGCAGCAAUGUGGUGAUCGCCCUGGGUGAUAUGGCUGUCUGUUUUAACCAUCUCAUUGACGAGAAUACCGAUUUCCUUUAUCGCCGGCUCAACGAUGAUGAUGCUUCUGUCAAACGCACUUGUCUUAUGACGCUUACUUUCCUUAUUCUGGCAGGCCAGGUCAAGGUUAAAGGACAACUCGGCGAGAUGGCUAAGUGCCUGGAGGAUGAAGACAAGAAGAUUGCUGAUCUGGCACGAAUGUUUUUCACUGAACUCGCCACCAAGGAUAACGCCGUUUAUAAUCACUUCGUUGACAUGUUCAGUCUUUUGAGUGCUGAGCGCAACGUCGACGAGGGUGCCCUUCGGAGAAUCAUCAAAUUCCUGAUUGGCUUCAUAGAAAAGGAGAAACACGCCCGACAGCUCGCAGAUAAGCUUGCCGCUCGACUCCCCCGUUGUGACACAGAGAGACAAUGGAAUGAUGUGGCAUAUGCCCUGUCAUUGUUGCCUCACAAGAACGAGGAUAUUACCAAGACCUUGAGUGCUGGGUUCAACAAGGUGGUCUCUGCAACUGCUUGAACGGUAUAAAUUCAACGUGAUGCCAAAUUCGACGGUUUAAAUUCGUUUGUACAAUGAUUUAUGCAUGGAUAUGGACUAUUUCUUCUUUUUCUGCUUCUGUUUUUACGACUUGGGAUAGGAUUCUCUGCGCCAUGGGAGGCACAGGGCGUGGAUGGUUAUGUGGUCUUGGAAGAUAUCUUGUUGGGUCAAUUUGGCGUUCUCGCAAUGGUAAUCAGUACUCGAGAUCGAGUCUGUCUUUGUAUGUUGACUUCUGCACGUCUCGAAUAUACAUUUUCAUCUGUUAUUCC